UCACAAUGAACAGUUCGAUACGAUAUGAAGUAGCGUAAAGUAGUCCUUGGAAUAAAAAAUAAUAUACUAAAAACUGUGUCCUUCUAGAUAUUAAGUGAUAAAUCAUUAGUCAUCAUGGAUUUAACAGUGGAUCAAGUAAUGGAGGGUCUUUUGAGUAAAGAAUCGUACGAGAAACCAUCAGAUACGGUGAGCCAUGAAAAACUGGAAAUAGAGCUGCCAAAAUGGUACGAUGAAAAACUGUUUAAAAAGGGACAACGUUUCUAUUGGAGGUUUAGCUUCGGCUUUUCCUACUCGAUGUUACCAGGCUUAGUAGCGCUAUUCGCUAUCCCUACCAUCUUAGAAGUGCUCGCUGGGUCUAGACGAUCAUCUACCACGUAUACCGCCUACAAACGAUACGUUGCCACUUUCUUACACUUCCAGUCAUGGUUGACACAUGAUCUAAAGCCGGGGAGUAUGUAAGUAUUACUGAGGACUUAAAGUAUUAGAUAUCAGCGCCCCUA